AUGAGCUCUGUUACUGAGAAGAGUGCUAAGUACGCUCAGAUUUCUUAUCACUUACUAGAGAAUGCUACUUCGGUUGUGGUUAACUCCACUGCUCUCAACUCCAAGGACCCUGAGAAAGUCUUCUUCAAAGAUGACGAGAUUUACGAUGACGGAACCUCCGCGUCCACUGCUCUCUCUCCGUUGCUCAUAGAUGCAGACACUUCUUCUAGACAGGACAUAGAUGUUGUCCUCCUCACUAAAGGUUUUGGUAUCGGUGUCAAGAAUCUAUCUGGGACUGUUACUGUAACCAGCGAUGGAAGCUGGGUUUGUGAAGGUGGGAAGCAUCAUACAACUCAGACUUACCCUGAUCCUCUGGCUGAGGUAAAGAAACAAGCUUCAGUUCUUGAAUCAUAUCUGGAACAAAGACAGGUUACUUUACUAGAAGGAAAUCUGUCUUGCAAAGUUGUAAUUCCCAAUCCAAACUUUCGGGUGGAGCUUAAAACUAGCAAGAUUGUGUUAGGAGAGUUCCUUGAGUUCAAAGGAAAGCAGGAAGAUAUGUUGCCUUUGAAACAUAUCAGGGGCCUUGGAGUUCCUUGA